CAAUAUUACCAACUUUACCCUCACCCGCCUGUCAAAAUUCCUUUUUCUCUCUCUAGAUUUUAUUUCUUCAACUCUGCGUGUGUAAUAUAAAGCCACAAAAAAAGGAUGAAACCUUGGCAGUGACUCCCAUUAAUGAAGUAUUUUCAAAGAUAAUUUCAUUUGAAUUUAGUAGUUUGUUAUUGAAUUACAAACAAAGAUGCCUGGAAUUGUUAAUGAUGUGGGUGUUAAUGGAGAUGACGCUCUGAGCAGUGGGAAUAGAACUCCCCCUUUCGAAGAAAAUUCUGUGAAGUCGCACAGUCCUGUGAAUCCCCAAAGCAUACAGAGUGAAGGUUAUGGUACACCAAUGGAUGAUGGUAUAGAUACAUCGAUACAACAUCUUUAUGAUAAUGUAUGUGAUAUGCAAAGUUCUGAUCAGUCUCCGUCGAGGGCAAGUUUUGGUUCAGAUGGUGACGAGUCCAGGAUUGAUUCAGAGUUGAGGCAUCUGGUUGGAGGUGAAAUGAGAGAAGUGGAAAUUAUGGAAGAGGAGAUAAUGGAAAGUGGGUCUGUUAAUAAUGAAAAGGCUGGGAAUUCGGAGGCUGCUCAAGGUUUGAGUGUAAACUCCGUCUCUUCCCCACAGUCAAAAGGAAAUACUCGAUUGUCGUUAGAUGCCACUCAGUCACCGAAAUCAAGUCCCAGGAGUAAAGGUCCUAGGCUCCCAAGAAAAUCAAUUGCCGGAAUUCUUUCUGCUAAGAAACAAAGGUCUGCGCUUGGAGGGGCUAAAGCACAGAAUGGAACUGAUGAUCCGUCUCCGGAGAGUGUAAAUAACCCAGAUCUUGGUCCUUUUUUGCUAAAGCAAGCAAGAGAUUUGAUUUCUUCUGGGGAUAAUCCUCAAAAAGCUCUCGAGUUUGCGUUAAGAGCAGCCAAGUCAUUUGAGAAAUGUUCAAAUGGAAGUCCCAGUUUAGAACUAGUCAUGAGUUUGCAUGUUGUAGCAGCCAUACAUUGUAACUUAGGGCAGUAUGAUCAGGCUAUUAAAAUUCUUGAACGGUCAAUCGAGAUUCCAGCCGCAGAAGAAAACCAAGAUCAGGCCCUUGCAAAGUUUGCCGGUCAUAUGCAAUUGGGUGAUACUUACGCAAUGACAGGUCAAUUCGAGAAUUCGUUACAGUGCUACAAACUGGGUUUGGAUGUGCAGAAACAAGCUUUGGGAGAGAUGGAUCCAAGAGUUGGUGAAACUUGCAGGUAUCUUGCUGAAGCCCUUGUACAAGCACUGCAGUUUGAAGAGGCUGAGAAACUUUGUCGCAUGGCGCUCGAUAUCCAUAAAGAAAGUGGAGCACCUGCUUCUUUGGAAGAGGCUGCUGAUAGAAGACUUAUGGGUCUUAUCUGUGAUACAAAGGGAGAUUAUGAAGCGGCUCUCGAGCAUCUUGUUUUAGCUAGCAUGGCCAUGGUUUCCAACGGCCAAGAAAUGGAGGUGGCUACAGUUGAUUGCAGCAUUGGAGACACAUAUUUAUCCUUAUCUCGAUAUGAUGAGGCUGUUUUUGCUUAUCAGAAGGCGUUGACAGUUUACAAGGCAACCAAGGGAGAGAAUCAUCCCUCUGUUGCUUCAGUUUUUGUACGCUUGGCCGAUUUGUACAACAAGACCGGGAAGCUAAGGGAGUCGAAAUCUUAUUGUGAAAAUGCCCUUAGGAUUUACGGAAAACCCAUCGCAGGGAUCCCCCAAGAGGAGAUUGCUAGUGGUUUAACUGAUGUUUCUGCCAUCUAUGAGUCCAUGAAUGAACCUGAACAGGCUCUCAAGUUGCUAAAAAAGGCUCUGAAAAUAUAUGCCAAUGCACCUGGUCAUCAAAGCACAAUUGCAGGAAUUGAGGCUCAGAUGGGGGUGAUGUACUAUAUGUUGGGAAAUUAUUCAGAGUCAUACAACUCCUUUAAAAGUGCUGUUACGAAGCUGCGAGUAAGUGGUGAGAAGAAAUCUGCUUUCUUUGGGAUCGCUUUGAACCAGAUGGGGCUCGCAUGUGUACAACGUUAUGCCAUAAACGAGGCUGCCGAUCUGUUUGAAGAAGCCAGGACCGUCUUGGAGCAAGAAUAUGGGCCUUACCAUCCUGACACGUUGGGUGUGUAUAGCAACCUUGCGGGUACUUACGAUGCAAUGGGCAGGUUAGAAGACGCAAUCGGCAUCUUAGAAUAUGUUGUUGGAAUGAGAGAGGAAAAGCUUGGAACAGCUAAUCCUGAUGUUGAUGAUGAAAAGAGAAGGCUAACCGAGUUGUUAAAAGAAGCUGGCCGGGUCCGCAACAGAAAAGCCAGAUCACUAGAAAACCUACUAGACACCAACUCUCAUACUGUACAAAAAGACUCCAUUAAAGUAUAAUAAUGAUAAUAAUGUAAAAGAUUUGUACACAAUUGCAUGUUUGUAAUAUAGGGUUUGUUAAUCAAGAUUCUUGGUUUGUACUGUCAAAAGAAAUAACAAGGAAGAGAAAGAAAGAAAGAAAAAAAAGAAAGAGCCUUUAGUUGUAGUAUGUGAUUGUACUGAUCUCUUCUUUACUUCUUUCGUUCUAAAGGUAUGCUGUAUUUUUUACUCUCCAUUGUUGAAGGAAUUUAUAAAAUAUUCAUUGUUGUGUUGGACAAA